AUGGACGAUGAGGCGUUAAAAUCGCCACCAUCGCUCGCGCGCGGUGAUGCUCGAGUGGUGACGCUCAACGCCUCCGUCGAUGGCGUCGAGCCCGCGCUCGUGGUGACCACGCACGCGGGGUCGCAGUACGCCUUCAACGUCCCCGAGGGAUUCGCCAGGCUCGCGCUGGAGUGUAAGAUUCGACCGACGGGAAAAUUGCGAGCUGUGUUCGCCGCGGACGAUUCCGCAGCCUCGCUGGGGGGGCUAACGGGGUUGAUUUUGCGCCUGUCCGCGGAUGGGCACGAACGGUUGGCAGUGGUGGGGCCGAGCGGAACGAGCGCCCAAGUUGAGGGCGCUCGGAAAUGUACGCGGUGGGUGCAUCCUGAAGUUGAUGGAGUUGAGCUGUGCGCGAAUUCUAAACGGUGUGGGGGUAUUGGGUGUUACGCCGACAACGCUGUGACGGUCUGGCCGCUGUUUCUUGAAGACACAUGUGAAUGUCUAGUCUGCGAGUGGGAGAAUCAUAGGCGUCAGACGGCGACCACGAGUGAUGAAGAGGAGGAUGUAGAUGAGGGAGGCCAUAUUGGCGGCGAACAAAGUGAAGGCGUAGAAGACGAUAAGAUGGCGUCGCCGUCAUCUCGUGUGAAAAUGACAAGUACGGACAAUACAAAGACGGCGUGCGUGGGUUACGUUUGCGAAGUCAAGGAAUUUGACGAUGCGCCUGGUGUGCGCAUUGCGAUUAUUCAUGUGAAAAGUAUGGAUUUGAUUGCACGACUUGAUCAGAAUCCGACGCUGAAUUGCUUCGCAUCAAAGGAUCUGCACUCACUGGAUGCAAUGUUCCAUUGUUCGCCAACCGACGUCGCGGACGCUCCUGGUUAUAAGUCAUGGUUAGAAUCAGUCGAUUGCGAGCACUUUUUCUGCCGUGCUCAAAAUGAACUGGGUUUUCGCGCUAGCGCCCGAAUGUCUCUGCGAUUGAACACAGUCGAUGCGGAAUCGUUUCCCAUUCCGAGGGCGUUUGGAGACAGCGAUGCCAAACAGCGAGUGAGUGAUAAAUUCACAAGCCUUGGGCUGUGUGCUUGUGUGCAUAUUCGGAAGAACACUGUCGCGAAGUGCGAGGUAGAUCAUGUAGUGUUUCGUCCUGAUGAUGUUGAUCCCGACGCAGUACUGAAUGAGCUUGCGACGAAACACCCAGAGCUCGCUGCGGCAGCGCAAGCAUCACUCACCAGAAUACACCGAAAAGAGAUGGUUGAUCUCGAAGAAAACGGAGAUGCUGAGACAAGUCAAGCCGUGGCGUCAAAUUUGAAAUCGCGCUUAAUGCGGGGCUUGAUAGGGAGGAAGAAGCAAAAGAUAGAAAAUGAUACCGAGGUGAUUUUCCUUGGCACUGGGUCCGCCGAGCCAAACAAAUAUCGGGGGAGUAGCGGCAUCCUCACUGAAUUGCCGCGGUCAGUAGCGGCGAAAACGUCCAAAACAUGGAUGAUGUUAGACUGCGGUGAGGGGACCGUGGGUUCGAUUCAAAGAAUGUUUGGAUGCGCGACGAUGAAAAGGAUUGUCAAGAAUCUGAAAGUUGUUUGGAUUUCACAUCAUCACGCAGAUCACAUGCUUGGUGUUCGUGGUUUAUUGGAAGUACAUGCUCGCGUUUGCAACGCGCCUUUGACGCUUGUGGGCCCAAGGGUCCUCGAGGAAUGGCUACAUACUUGCGGUGUGUCCCAAAAUCUAUAUCAUUUCGUCCAUUCGCGCGACUUGUUUGCAGGACCAUUUGGCCGUCUGCCACCGCCUCCGCCGCCCACAAAAUUGCAGAGCGUGUCGCGAUCACCUCUGCCACCUCCGCCGCCACUAGAUGAAGGAAAUCAACGACAUUCAAUUUUUGAUCAAUCCAAUGCCUCGGCUAAGUCUAUGGAGAGCCGUCUCAUGCAGUUGUGUGGAUUGAGUCGAUUUGAGGCCGUGGCCGUUGAACACUGUCGCGACGCCGCGGCCCUCGUCGUCGGAUCGCCAUCUGGGUGGAGUCUGGCUUACUCUGGAGAUUGCAGACCGUCGCGAGGUUUCGCCCGUGCAGCAAAAGGGUGUGCCUUGAUGAUCCAUGAGGCGACUUUUGAUAACGAACUGAGUGACCAUGCGGUGCGGAAACGACAUUCCACCACCGCUGAGGCACUUCAAAUUGCGGCAGACGCUGGAGUAAAACAUAUCGUCUUGACGCAUUUCAGUCAAAGAUAUCCCAAAGCAAUUUAUCUCGAUGAGGUUAAGAUUAAGCCUAUUAUCGCUUUCGAUGGAUUUCGGUUGCGUUAUAGUCAGCUUGAGCGUGUUCAAAACUUGCAACAUAUCAUUACGAUGGUGAACGGUGUUUCGAGCUCCAACGUCGACAAGAUAUAG